AUGGCACCAUCAGGGGGGGGAGAGACACACACAAAUUUUGAGGAUGAGGAUUAUAUGUUAUAUUAAAAUCAGAUUAUAAAACAAUUUAAAAAAUUGAUGAAAAUAGACAUAACUAUUCUCCUGAUUCUCGUAUCAAUAACAAUUGAGGAACUGUAGGAGAUCAAGACAGGUUGUUAGACAGUACAGAAUCCAUGCUUGAAAAAAUGUGAAGAGGGCUAUCAACUGUGUGAAGAUCGGAAUAAUAGAAGAUGUGAGUACGGCUAUUUUAAAUUAAAUAUAGAGGAUGAGAACUACUGUGUGAGAUGUCCAUUUUCAUAUGUGGACGAAAUGAUGUACUUAUGUAUGGAUUGUCCAGAGAAUUCAGACACCUGGUAAAAUUCCAGAUCAUGCACAUAUAAUUAUGCCAUCACACAUGGAGAUGUAUUUGGGGCAUUUAGAAAGAUCGCAAUUACUGAAACUUAAAUUUUCAAAAUACGCCAAGUACCAUCCAAAACAGAAGGAGGGAGCAAUACCUAUUCAACUGAAUUAUGCUAGGGGUGUUAAGCAUUUUGUGAUUAGUCUGAUGCUGCAGAUGAAGAACUAGAAUGCAAUAUCCUGUCAGAUCAGGAUGAUGUUAUAUAUAUUGGAGUAAUAUGUUCCGAUGGCUAUUACUUUGACAACGACACCUGUAUGAUUUGUCCUUUUUAUAAUUGCAAAACUUGUGAUAGUCAGGAAUGCUCUGAAUGUUUUGAUGGAUAUACAAUGGAUCCCACUCAAAAAUGUAUCCCUUGUUUUGAAGGUUGUGCAAAAUGCGAAUAUUAAAAUGGAAUUCUGUGUUUAGAGUGCAUUCAAACGAAGGAUACUUAUCAGAUUAUGAUGUAGAAUGGAGCAAUCUGCUCCUCUUGUGAUGAUGGAUGCAUAAGAUGUUAAGUUGAGUAUGUGGAUGGAGUAGAAUAACAACGAUGCACUCAAUGUUAAGCUGAUUAUAUUGUACAAAAUGAAGGGUCGAGGUGUGAAUACAAAGAGAUCUUCGAUUGCGAAAUAGCUUACUUUGAAUAUUCUAAAGAUGGAGUGAAUAAAUUGUAGACAUAUAAUUUAGACUUUGAAAUUGUUAGAGACUACUCAGCCAAAUUAAAAUGUUAUAAAUGUCAAGAGGGCUAUAAACUAACAGGUGGAGAGGAUUGCAGUCCAUAUACUGACACCGAUCCCUUCUGUAGCACUCGUGAUUAAGAUAAAAAUCUAUGUUUAGAAUGCUAAGAUAACAAGGUACUUAAAUAUGACAAUGGAGGCACUUUAUCUAGUUCUUGUGUGCCAGACUAAGAUUGCAGUAAGAAAAUUGACUAUUGUGUGCAAUGCAUCUCAUACAUGGUUGAUUCGGUUGAGUUGUAUCAAUGUCUAAAAUGUCAAAAAGGGUAUUAUCCUGAUAUCUUCUCCAAUCUAUGUUUACAAUGCCAAUCCAGAUGUGAUGAAUGUUGGCAAUAUACUAAUACUUAUAACAUCACCGCCUAUCUACAAUUGCAACUAGCUGGAAUAGAUUAUGAAUAAUUUAAAUAAGACUUAGUACUCAUUCAAAUGGAAAAACUCAAUGAUCCCUUUUGUUCGAUUUGCCAAGUUGGAUUCAAUUUAUACAACAAUCAAUGCAAAGGUUGUACUGAUAGCUGUGUUCCUUAAAGAAUUUAAGAUGGAGACUCAGAAUGCUUGUACAUAGAUGAUACUGCUUAUUGUGCCAAGUGUCCUGUCCCCUCAUUAUAAUAAUCAUUGACUUUUGACAAUAGUGAAUGCAAUUAGUGUCCUUAUAAUUGCAUUGCUUGCAGAGAAAGGACAGAGCAGGAAAUCAAUUUAGUCAAUCCUUUUUUUGAUCCAGACUCAGAUCAAUUUCUAAAAUACAGUAAUUAUUGCUACAAAACAACUUAGCCACAAGCUGAUCAAAAGAUAUACAUUGACUCGUUCUUAGGAGUUCCCAUUACUUGUGCUAAUAAUCCAAACUACAAAGGAUGUUAUAAAAAACUAGAUACUACUUUCAAUGUCUAUUGUGGAGAUACUAAUGAUGUCCCAAAAGCAAAUGAAAUCAAAUUGAAAGAUGUAUAUAAAAAAUAGAAAACUAAGACUGUCACUUUAUUUCUCUAAGGAUUAGAGAAUGCCUAUAAGUAUAAUGAAUACAAUUAGCAAACUGUCAACUAAAUUGAUAUCCAUAUUAAUUUCAUUUCUGAUAAUCAUGGCACUUGUAACUUUGAUAAACCCAUUUAGAUCAAAUCAAGUUUUUAAAAGAACAUUUUUACUUUACAACAACUAUCAGUAAUAAUCAAUGGCUAGCAUUCGAUCUUUAAACAAGCUGGAAGACUAAUUCUUAAAGAUUAUUCUUAUGUAGAAAUUAAAAAUGUCAAUUUCAAAGAAAAAGCAUCUAGUGAAUUUGGAUUAGAGAUUUUAGGUAAGAAGACGAAGUUAACUAUUACAAACUGUAAAAUUGUUAAGGAUAAUCUUGCAAGCUCAUUUAAUAUAGUGUUAUAAAAUACUAUAUACCUCAAACUAUAGUAAGUUGAAUUUGAAAAUCUUAAAAAUGAAACGAUCAUCGAUUAAACAUCAACUGAUGAAUUUGAAGAAUAAGGGCAGUAUAUAUUUGAGGAUGUUCAUAUAAAAAAUAGUGAAAUAAAUGAUGUUCUUAUGACGGUUAAUUACAUAGGAGCUGAUAAUAUUUUAUUAAUCAAUUCACUAAAGUUCUCGAAUUCUAACAUUACUGAUACAGCUGUCUUUUCAGAUUUAAUAACAACUCCAAGUUAUAGUGCUAUUAUAAAUGAUCUUAAACUGAUCAAAUGUACAAUUACAAAUGCAAGCAUCUUUAAUUUUGCCUUAGUCAAAUCAUUCCAAGCAGAAAACAUAGAAAGUGUAUUGACUUUAUUCCAAAAAAGGUCUAAUUUCAUAAUAAGCACUACUUUCACAAUUGAAAAACUGUUUUGCUAUCGCUCUUUAUUUGCUAAUAACUCCUAACUCAUGAUUUCAAAUAAUCAAAUUUAUAACUCUGAUCAGAAAUCUAGCAUUCUAUAAUUCUCCUUCAAAUCAAUCAUGUUUAAAAACAACAUAUGUCAAAAUAUCAACUGUUUGAUGUUCAUUGCCACUCCUCUAAAUAAUUUUGGUAUACGUUCCAACAUUGAAAUUGAAUAAUUGACUAUCUCAGAAUUGCAAAUCCAAUCCAUAAGUUAAAUGAAUAUAGACCUCGUUACAUCAGCCUUGGUCAAUCUAUAAAGUGUUGGCGAUAUCACUAUUAAUGAAUUGACAAUUAAAAAUGCUCAAGGCAUUUCUAUUAUUUUUAUUGGUGAUUCAUAAUCAGUUGAGAUUACGAAUGCAUACUAUUUCCUGGAAAUGUCGAAUGAGAUUCUCUAUGAAUAUGAAGAAGAAUUAACAGAGAAUUUUGAGAUCGACCCUAAUCUAGCAAAUUAUAUUAUGGUAACCAGUCCAUACAAUAAUCUAUUGCCGAAUUCUCCUGAUUGUGCUAAUAGGAAACGAACUGCACAUUAGUUCAAUUCUUAUCUCAUUUACAUUGAAGGAUUUCAAGGAUCCAUUGUUAUGGAUAACAUUGAAGUCUUCAAUUUACUAUUCAUGGAUAGAUCUGCUAUAUUUAUUAAAUCUUAUGAAAACUUAUUAUAUAUGUAGAUGGAAACCAUUUUACUUUAGAAUUUGAAAUUCGAUAGCAACAGACUUGCAUCGACAUUAGAUGGGGAAAUGAUGAGUUUGAUCAUAAUUGAUUCAUAAUAAAAUCAAAACAUCACCAUACUCAAUGCCUAGUAUAAUCAGAAUCAUUUACACCAAAUAACCGAUUCAUAAACAACCCAAACCCCAGCACUUUUAUUAGUGAUCUCUCCGAACUCUAUCUUAAAUUUAUUGGAUUCAUAUUUCAAUUACAAUCGUAUCACAAAAUCAACUAAUGGUUUGAUGUGGAUAAAAGUAGAAUAAUUUAUUCUGUACAAUUGUUAGUUUUAAAAGACCAAUAUUUUGGAUCUGUAAUGGUUGGACUAUCUUGAAGAGCAGUAAUUGACAGCUAGUGACCCUGUUACAACUAUUCUCGAUCUAAAAUAAUAUUUUUACAUCGAAUCUAUGGGAUCUAACUUCUAUUUGAUAUCCACAUUCAUCUAUAUUGAGAACUUGUAAAUUACUGAAUCCUAUGGUUAAUCUGGUGCUGGAAUCUUCCUGGAAUUGUUAGAUGGAAUUGUCUUCAUAAUGCACUCGUAGUUUUAGAAUAUCUAAAGCAGUCUACAAAAAAUUGAUGAUACAGAAGGAGGAUGUUUAACAAUAAAUUCAGAAAGUUCUCAGAUGUAAUUGGAAUUAAAUUCUGUUUUCAUGACCAAUUGCACUGCAAGAAUCAGAGGAGGUUGUAUUCAUUUGUACCCAACCAAAUUCAAACAAAGCAUUUUAUUCCAAGACUCCCAAUUCUCACUUUGCCAAUCUUUGGGAUAUUCAUUUUUAAGUAAUCCCUACUUAGAAUCCACUGAUCAACCAGUAAUUGAGUUCUUGAACAUUUAUGUAGGUGAUAACAAUUACGAUAACUUUAUUCAAAAUAUACCUGAUCUUACCUUAUUAGAGUAAUUGCUAUUGACUAAGGAUUCUGGAAUCUAUUAUCAACACACAGGAUAAUUAAUAAUUCGAAAUUCAAUCUUUACUAAAUUGAAAUACUUAAGUAUCAUAAAGGCAGUUGGAAUGACUGAGAUAUCCAUAUCUCAAUGUGUAUUCACCAAAAACAUUCUCUUUUUGAUGCCUCUCUUGGAUCUCUAAAUGACUCCAACUGUCUCGAAUUCAAUAUAAGUAGUCGCGUCAGAAUUUGUUGACAAUUGGUCUACAGAUAUCAAUCCAAUUGUAAAUAAUUGUGAUGAAUUUAUUAGAGAAGGCCUGGAUUAAACCUUAACUCAAUAAACUUGUGAUUAAAUUAUGUACAUCAUUGACUUUUAGAAUUUUAUGAAUUAAGAUCAAAUAGCUUGGAAUAGUGAUCAAUAUUUGGAUAGUUAUUAGUAUCUAAAUGAGUAAGAUAAGUAUGAGUCUGUGUAUUCAUAUAAUUUUUAUUAUGCUUAAAGCAUCCAAGUUGUUCAAAGAUUCAAUUCAACCCUCAAUGACAAGUUAAUCAAUUGUAUCCUCUAGAAUAUGUUAAACUUGACUUUGGAAGCGGAUUCAGUGAUACCUACGUCUCUUAUUACUAUAAAAAGCUUGUUUAGCAAUUCCAAGUUGAAAUUCGAUGAAAUCAGUAUUAUCUAAAAUAGAUGUGUAAGAUGCUAUGGAGGCUUACUUCAAAUAUUGGGAGUAAAUGCUGGCAGCAAAUUGGUUCUGAAUCAUAUAAAUUGCAAAGACAACACAAUAGGUUAUUAUGGAUGCCUAUUAAUUUAAUAAUAAUAGAGUAUAAACCAAUUCGUACCAAACCAAAAUUUGAUGGAUUUGAAUGUUACCUAAUUUCCUAACAGGAUGUUGCAAUUAGGGAAAGACUGCACUGUCUCGAUAACUUAAUCAAUUUUUUCAUCAAAUAGAGCCAGGAUUGGGAGUGCCAUUAGUAUAUUAGGCUUGGAUGCAUUAGUCUAGAAUAGUAUCUUCUCGGAUAAUAGGGCAAGCCUUGCUGGAGCAGGUGUUUAUUAUAUGAACAUUGGUGGAGAUUUCGAAACUUCAUUAUAUGUCUACAAUUUAUCAUUCCAAAGCAACAAAGCAUAAGUCGGAGCUGCAUUCUACCUAGUUAAUAAGGAAUUAGCAGAUGUAAAAUCCUUGCUAAUUAAAUUUGAGUACAACUACGCAACAAUACAGGCAAACAAUAUACAAGAGAAUUCAAGAAGAUAAACUCUGUCAAUGAAUGAGGGUUCCUAUUAUUAGGUGCAGGUCUACUUGAAUCUAAGUGGAGAUUAGAAUCUUGAUGGAAAUGUCGACAGUGUGGAUUAGAUAAUAAGGGAAAAUGUUACUUUCGAUUAUCAUACCAUUGGCAACUACCCUGAAAAGACUAAUCUACUAAUCUUACCUUCAGGGUAGUCUAUUAACACAUAUGAAUACUAUUUCGAAGAAACACGAGAAUACAUUCCAUAUGAAUGGAUAUUUAGAGUGAUUAAUUUGAAUAGAUUUAAUGAGCCUGUAGUUAACAAUGAAGAUGGAGAUAAGUGCUUUAUUUUUGGUAGAAUAUAAAAAUUCUCGAAUUAUUCUGAAAAGUUAACUUUUACUAAUAACUACACAAUCCCCAAUGAAAUGCUCUAUAGCAAGAAUUUAAAAGGCUAUAGCUUAGACGAUAUGCAAUUAACCUUUGAUCCUUAUUUUGAUAAAGACUUUUAUUUGGAAUUGCAAAUUAAAUGUCAAAAGAUGGCUAUUCCAGUAUAUUCUAAUCCUCCAGAUUAUAAUAUAGUAGGAUAUAAUAAGGGCUAUGAAUUAAUAUUAAAUGUUAGAACAUUUCCCUGUUAAAUGGGAGAAGUCUACUAACUUGGUCGUUGCAUCCCAUGCAGUCCAAAAUUAAACUAAUAUUCUGUAACCAUAGGAGGUGUGCUAUGCUCAUAGUUUAAUUCUGAUUCUAUGGUUGCCAUAGAAAAAUCACAAAUUCAAUUGAAGGCAGGAUAUUGGAGACCUGAUUAUAAUAAUGAUGAAACCUUUUAUUGUGAAAACUUGGAUUCUAAUUGCAAUGGAGGGUGGGUUCCUGGUAAUCCUUCUUGUUAUACUGGACAUAUAGGAGCAUUGUGCGAAUCGUGUGACCUAUAUCAAAUAUACAAUGACGAAAGAUAUACUUAGACUUCACCCUAUAAAUGCGCUAGAUGUGAGCCAACUAUGAAAAUAAACUAUAUAGUUCUAGUGGCAACAUCAAUUACAUCCUUUGCCUUAAUGAUUAUAGCAGUAAAAGGCAGCUAUGAAUCAUCAAUGUAAUUCAUUAUUGAAGAAACUCUGGAUAUAUGGGGGAUAUUGUUAAAAAGCUCUUUGAGUAAUCUAGAUGUUUUGAUGAAAGUCCUUACAAAUUACUUUUAAAUAAUCUAGUUCAUUACUACAUUUUAGAUCUCCAUUCCUAGUGCAAUCAAAUAAACAACUGAGACUGGAGGCAACCCUACUGAAAGUACUACCUCAGCUAUGGAUUGUCUCUAUGUAACGAUGUCAGAUUUAGAUGUAUUAUACUUUCGAAUGGUUUGGGCAUUCAUCUAGCCAUCAAUAUAUUUGAUUAGUUUUUAUAUUAUCUAUUUCGUUGGAGUUGCUACCAAAAAGAUACCUUACAAAGUGAACAUUAUUACUACAGCCUUAAUUUAUUAGUUCCUCUAUUUAUAGCCCACAUAUGUUGAGGGAUUCAUGGUCUUAGCAUCCUUCAGAACCGUAAGUGGUUAUCAAUAUGUACAGAGAGAUGUUGCAUAUAGAUAUAACAGUUCCAUGCAUUAGUACUACCUCUCAAGAUUUAUCAUACCCAUGCUAAUAGUUUGGGUCAUGUUCUUACCUUUACUAUUCUUGUUUUUGGUCUACAAGAAUCGAGCCACUAUCCAAACCAAGUAAACAAAAUUAAUUUAUGGAUUCUUCUAUCUAGAAUACUAAUUAAACAGUUAUCUUUGGGAAUUUGUUAAAUUAUUCCAAAAGGAAUUCAUGGUCAUCAUUUUAGCAUAUUACGAAAGUCAAGUUACUGUUAAGGGAUUGUUAUUAGUUGUGGUAAUGUUUCUCUAUGGAUUCUACUAAAUUUAAAUAUCACCUUAUAGUAAUAAGAGACUAAAUAUGUUGGACAGGUAUUCAACUGUCAUUUUGUCAAUUUCACUAGCUAUGGGGGUUCUAAUGAAAUCAUGCUAAGAUUCAGAAUUUGACUAUUUAGUUAUUAUAGUGGCUAUUUUCAUAAUCUUAAUCAAUGUUCUAUUCUUAUUGUCGAUUAUUUAUUACAUUUUUGAAGGGUAUGUUAUUAAAUUGUCCCCCAUCCUCGAUAAAAUAAGGGAUGUACUUAAUGAGAAAUACCCAGAUUUAGGAAAAAGGUAUCCACAUCUAAGGCCCUACUUAUAUAAUAAAGCUUAAAUGACCAUCAGAGUGAAGGCAUUAUGGGCCACCUUACGAGAAGCUGUUAAAGACACCAAUGAAAUUUGUAAAGAACAUGGUGUUAAGUUUAAAAAGAUUUUCCCUCCUUAUGCAAAAGAAGAGGAAAAUCUGGUCAGUUUUGAGAAUAUCUCCAUUGAAAUUAAAUCAAACUAAGUUGAAGAUAAAUAACCUUUAAUAGUUUAAGAUUCCUCCUUUGUUCAAAACCAUUAAGAUAAUUCACAAAAUUUAGAUAAUUCACAAAAUUAACCAUCAAGUGCAAUAAGACUCUAAUUUAUCAAUAGUAAGGGAGUAGUAUAGCAAAGUUAAUUUUUCACUUCAUCAUUUAUGAUCAACGAGUCCUAAGAACCUAUAGCCAUGACAGGUUUAUGCAUAGAACAAUGGAUUGAUUAGACUUAGUAUGAAGGAUUAAUUGUUAAUGGUAAAAAGUAAGGGAAGGGACUCUUAAUUUGGCCAUUCUAAGAAAAUUAAAAGUAAUAAGAAUAAUAUGAAGGUGAAUUCUAUGAUAACCUUUUCGAAGGAUACGGCGUAUAUAAAUGGAGUGAUGGAAAGGUGUAUGAAGGAGGAUGGAAAGAAGGGAAAAGGCAUGGAUACGGAAAAUAUUAAGGAUUAAGCUAAUAGUAUGAAGGGGAGUUCUAAAAUGAUUUAUAUUAAGGAUAAGGAAUUUUGAGCAUAGGAAAUAAGAUAAUUACGGGAUCUUUUACUAAGGGUAAAAUGGAUGGAGAGAUGCAAAUUGUUAUAGGAAGAAAAAAGAAAAGGAGAGGAAUUUGGAAGGAAGGAGUGUUUGUGAAAUGGGUUGAUUGA